UCCAGAGGCGGCACCGUCUCGGUGUCGGUAACGGUAUUUGGGAUGGAGGACCGGCGAAGGAAAGAUGGAGGUCUCGGAGCUCUGAUCCGGUCGUGAUGAACCCGUUUGACGGCUUCGGUUCUCCCCGGCAUGAGGCGGCGGACAGCGGGGACAGCCGGUGUCCGUGGGCCCGCUUCUGCUCCUGGUUAGAGUGUGUGUGUGUCGUUACCUUCGACCUGGAGCUCGGUCAAGCCAUAGAGCUGGUUUAUCCUCAGGAUGUGAAACUCACUGAGAAGGAGAAAACCAGCAUCUGCUACCUGUCCUUCCCUGACUCCUACUCAGGAUGCCUCGGUGACACUCAGUUCAGCUUCAGGUUACGUCAGUCGGUCGGUCGCAGAGCGUCGAGGUUCAGAGAGGACGUUUACAACAGAGACGCCCCCGUCACCCUGCAGACUGAAGCGUCCCAUUUCUUUGGUUACGUCUAUUUCAGACAAGUGAAGGACGUCUCUGUGAAGAGAGGAUACUUCCAGAAGUCUCUGGUGUUGAUAUCCAGGUUACCGUACACUCACCUGUUCCACUCGCUGCUGCAGAUCGUUGCUCCCGAGUUCUUCGAGAAGCUGGAGCCCUGCAUGGAAGCAGUGUGUAACGAGAUCGACCAAUGGCCUUCACCCAUACCUGGACUGACGCUCAACCUGCCUGUGAUGGGCGUGGUCUUACAGGUCCGGAUUCCUUCAAAAACAGACAAACCGGGAGGAAGUCCAGUCAGACAGACUGCUAAAGAGGACCUCCUGCCGGCUCCGACUCUGCUGCCCACCAUCCACGAACUGGACCUCUUCAAGUGUUUCCAGUCGGUCCUGAUCCACCUGCAGAUGCUCUGGGAGCUCGUGUUGCUCGGGGAGCCGCUGGUUGUCAUGGCGCCGUCUCCCACCGUCUCCUCGGAGACGGUGCUGGCUCUCGUCAGCUCCAUCGGUCCUCUGAAGUUCUGCUGUGACUUCCGUCCAUAUUUCACCAUCCACGACAACGAGUUCAGAGAGUACACCACCAGGACCCAGGCCCCGCCUAACGUGGUUCUGGGAGUCACCAAUCCGUUCUUCAUUAAGACUUUUCAGAACUGGCCUCACGUGGUCCGACUGGGAGAAAUGAAGAUGGCAGGCGAUUUACCUAAACAGGUGAAGGUGAAGAAACUGUCCAAACUGAAGACCCUCGACACUAAACCAGGUAUCUACACGGCGUACAAGACGUUUCUGCACAAAGACAAGAUUCUGAUUAAAAGACUGUUGAAGGGGAUUCAGAGGAAGAGACCGUCAGAGGUUCAGAGCGCCAUCUUGAGGAGACACCUGUUAGAACUCACUCAGAGCUUUAUCAUCCCACUGGAGCGGUACAUGGCGAGCCUGAUGCCUUUGCAGAGAUCGGUGACCCCGUGGAAGACUCCUCCUCAGAUUCGACCCUUCAGUCAGGACGAGUUCAUGUCCACUCUGGAUCACACCGGGCCUCAGCUCACCUCAGUGCUCAAAGGUGAUUGGAUGGGACUGUACAGGAAGUUCUUCAGGUCUCCGAACUUUGACGGAUGGUUUCGUCAUCGACACAAAGAGAUGACUCAGAAACUGGAGAGUCUUCACCUGGAGGUCAUCUGUGACGCCGACCUGUUGAGUUGGACCAAAGACAAGUCUGAGGUGGAAAUCGUCGACCUGAUUCUGAAGCUCAGAGAGAAACUGAUUAAAGCUCGACGGCAGAAGCUGCAGCUGAAAGACGGAGUUUUAGACAAACUGGACACUUUUAUAAACUCCGUCAUCAGAUCCCUGCCCGAAGACCUGCAGACGGUCCUGACGACACACUGACACACACUGACACACACACUGAUACUACACACUGACUACACACACUGCUACUACACACACUGACACACACGCACUGAUACACACUGACACACACACUGAUACUACACACUGCUACACACUGAUACUACACACUGAUACUACACACACUGACACACACACACUGAUACUACACACUGACACACACACUGAUACUACACACUGCUACUACACACACUGACACACACACUGAUACUACACACUGCUACACACUGACACACACACACACACACACUGACACACACACACAGACACACACACACACACACUCUCACACACAGAGAAUAAAACCUGUAGAUGUAGUUUUGACGUUUCUGUUCAGAGUCGAACUCGACAUCGCGACGCCGUCGUGAAGUUGUGACUAAAUGAUGAUGAUGAAGAUGAUGGUUAUGAUGAAGAUGAUGAUGAAGAUGACGAUGAUGAUGAAGACGAUGAGUCCUCGCAGAAACCGGUUUCAGAGAAACGGACCUUCGGCUCCGGAUGUUUCAGUUUGGCGCGGCGGCGUGUCGCGGCGGCGUGUCGCGGCGGCGUGGCGCGCGGCGUGGCGCGGCGGCGUGUGCGCGACGUGGCGCGCGCGCUGUCACGAAGUCUGAGAUUCUGACAAUAAAGAAAAACUCAAAUUGUUGUAACGAGGAAAACUUUCCCCCGAAUCCUCGACUCUAUUUCUUCAGAAAAUUACAACUUUAUUCAAAACGUGACGACUUUUUUCCUGAACGAUUCUGACUCGAUUCUGAAAUGUUUGGAUCUGGAAAUAUUAUUAUGAUUAAUAUUAGUUCUGAUGCUGUCGAUGUGGAUUAAUUAUUUUCUUCACUCCAACUUUCAGCUUCACACAUUUGUAAUAUUAUGAUUCAUAAAACCUGUUUUAAUAAAAAUUAAAAAGCUAAAUGAGUUUACCCUGAUGUUUUGUACUUAUGACAUUAUAAUGAAAAGUUAACUGUAUAUUUAAUUCCACAUUGUUUCUGUUUUUAACGAUUAUAACAUCUGAACUCUGAAGUGUUAUUUUUGUAUCCCAGUGAAUGAAACAACAACAAUAAUAAUAAUAAUAAUAAUAAUGUGUUGUUGCCUUUUUGUUGUUUUUCUGUAAAUAUUUAGUUUUGCUGUGAAAAGUAAAACCAGAAUCAUGUUCA